AUGGAUUCGAUGUCAUUAUUAGAAGCUAAAACCAAACGAACCACUGCCAAAGCCUCACUCACACGACACAAAACUGCUAUAGAAAAUUUCGAGGUAACAAAUGGCUCGCGACACGACAUCACUGAGCGUAAAAAAAGAUUAACAGAAUUAUGGAAUCUAUUUGACAUAGUACAAUCGCGCAUAGAGCUACUUGAAUUUCAAGAUCCAUCGCUUACAAAUAAAGAUGAGCUUCUUGCUCAACAACAACAGCACAGAUCACAAUUCGAAAAUAUAUAUUUUAGUAUAAUCUCGCGUUGUGAUUCACUUAUCGAAUACUUUGAUCAACGCAAUCCAGUACUCUCGUCGCAACGGCAAAAUGAUGAACUCCAAGCACGCGCUCCAACAAACAGGGAAUCGCGCAUUAAACUACCUAAAAUUGAACUUCCAGUUUUUACAGGUGACUUCGAGGAUUGGUACACUUAUCAGGAUACUUUCGAGAAGCUGAUACAUGCCAAUAACAGCUUAACGGAAAUAGAAAAAUUCCACUAUUUACGUUCAUCACUCAAAGACAAGGCCUCUGAAAUUAUAAAAUCGAUCGAAACAACCACUGACAAUUACAAGGACGCCUGGGACGCUGUCAAAGAACGUUUUGAUAACAAACGUUGGAUAAUCCAAAGGCACAUCAGAGCAAUAUUCGAAGCUCCCUCAUUACUCAAAGAAAAUCAUUCUCAACUGCGUGAGUUACUGGAUACCAUCUCAAAACAUUUGCGCGCGCUUAAAGCAUUGAAAAGGCCCGCUGAGACCUGGGAUGACCUGAUCGUCCACAUAAUCUUGUCAAAAUUAGAUUCAGUAACAAGCAAGGCAUGGGAGACUAGUCUUCCCACCAAUGAUCCUCCGAAUCUAAAAACUUUAACUGAAUUUCUUUCUAAGCGUUGCCAGGCGCUCGAAUUGAUCUUUAGCAAAAUGUCAAUUAAUCAAUCUACCAACACUCCAAAAUUUGGAACAAGGCCAAAGAGUGCCUCAGUCACAAAUAUCGCCACAUCUGAUUUAUCGUGUCCCCAAUGCAAAGAAACUCAUCCUUUGUAUUAUUGCAAAUCAUUUCUUAAAUUGCCAAUAGAAAAGAGAAUUUCUGUAGUAAAGAGAGCUCAUCUAUGCGCGAAUUGCUUAAGAUCUAAUUCUCAUAACGCUAAGGAUUGUAAUUCGAGCGCUUGCCGCAAGUGCAAAAAGAAGCACAAUACGCUUCUCCAUUUAUCAAAUUCAACAGACCACGAUAAACCAUCCGUGCCUAAUUCUGAACUCAAUUCUGAAAAAGAAAAUUCUAUACAACCGAUCGUUACUCAGUGUUUGUCAACACAGCGCUCUUUAAAUAUUAUAUUAUCAACCGCUAUCAUUCACGUCUUCGAUUACAAAAACGAGUUACACUCUUGUCGCGCAUUGUUAGACAGCGGAUCACAGCUAAAUUUUAUAACGCAGGAACUAGCAGAUAAGUUAGGCGUUAAAAGACAAUCAAUCAAUAUUUCAGUUUCUAGCGUAGUUAAAAAUAUGGUUCAAGCUAAAACUAUGAUCAAUGUAUGUAUCAAAUCUCGUUUUAAUAAUUUUACUGAAAAUUUAGAUUGCAUAGUUCUGCCACAAAUUACCCAACGAUUACCUCAACAUUACAUUUCAAAACACAACUUAUCAAUACCAAAUCAUCUAAAAAUGGCCGACCCAAGCUUCAAUGUUCCAGAACAUAUAGACAUGCUAAUCGGGGCGGAAUUAUUUUGGAGGCUCAUCUCCGCUGGCCAAAUUCAAGUUUCCAAAAAUCAACCUACUCUACAAAAAACCCUCCUAGGAUGA